AUGGCGUGCGCGGGGCUGCUCACCGUGUGCCUGCUCCGGCCGCGCGCGCCCCGGCCCCCGCGGCCCCCCGCGCCCGCGCCCGACGCCGGGCCCGCCGGACACGCGCUCUUCCAGGACGUUUUCCGCAGAGCGGACAAAAACGAUGAUGGUAAGCUCUCAUUUGAGGAAUUCCAGAAUUACUUUGCCGAUGGUGUUCUCAGUCCAGGGGAGCUGUGGGAACUGUUCAGCGGCAUUGACACGCAUCCCACUGACAAUUUAGAAACGGAGAAACUGUGUGACUACUUCUCAGAACACCUGGGUGUCUACCAGCCUGUGCUAGCUGCGCUGGAGGCACUGAACCGUGCGGUGCUCACUGCCAUGGACACCACCAAGCUGGAGUAUGAGCAGGCCUCCAAGGUGGACCAGUUUGUGACCCGCUUCCUGCUGCGGGAGACGGCGAGCCAGCUCCAAGCCCUGCAAAACUCACUGGAGGGGGCGUCAGACACCCUGGAGGCCCAGGCCCGGGGCCCAUGGUCAGAUGAAGAGCAUGUGGAAGUGCAGAGCAGGCCCCGUGGCAGCCGGCGGGCAGGGCGCAGGGCCCUGAGGAGCAUCAGCCGGUCUCCUACCUGGUCUCCUGGCUCCUCAGACACAGGGCGGAGCUCAGAGGCCGAGAUGCAGUGGCGGCUCCAGGUCAACCGUCUCCAGGAGCUCAUUGACCAGCUCGAGUGCAAGGCCCCCCAGCUGGAACCCCUGCAGGAAGAGGACCUUACCAAGGAGCCCGACUCGCACAUCCUUGUGGCCCAGAGGCAGGUCCAGGUGGCAGAGGAAGCCCUGCAGGACUUCCACCGAGCCCUGCGCUGCUACGUGGACUUCACAGGGGCCCAGAGCCAUUGUCUGCAUGUGUCUGCGCAGAAGAUGCUGGACAGUGCCUCCUUCACCCUGUAUGAGUUCUGGCAGGAUGAGGCCUCCUGGAGAAGGCACCAGCAGUCAUCCUGCAGUAAGGCCUUCCAGCGUGUCCUCAUUGACCACUUGCGGGCUCCGGACACCCUCACCACUGUGUUCUUCCCAGCCUCCUGGUGGAUUAUGAAUAAUAACUGAGCCUGACCUGCAUAAGCCAAGGACCCUGGGUCCCUGCCUGCCCCCUUCUGGAGCCUUCUGGACUGGUCAACUCAGCACCAAGACCAAGGACCCUGUGUCCUCCUAUACCUGGGGCCUGACCAGCUGGUGGAGGGUCUCUCAACCCAGGGACCAUGGUCUAGGCUGCUUGCUUUCUAUUUAUUUAUUUAUCAGUGUCUUUUAUCAUUUGUAGCUUCAGCCUUCAAGGCACUUUGGCUUCUGCCUGGCUCAGGAAGCCUGGAUCUCAUCCCCUCUGCCCCUGCCUUGCUAUGUGUCCCAGGGCAGGUCCCUUCCCUUUCUGGGUGGGCCUCAGGCCAUCUGGCUGUCUAGCAGGCAUCGUGCUUUCUUCCCGUGGUCUUGGGCCGGGCUUCUGUUCUUCCCCAGCCAGCGGCAGAACCAGGGCUGAUGCUCAGGGACCCCCUAACCCCUCGAACCUCGACCCCCGAAGCUGGGCCAGAUCAGUCUGAAGUGUGGGGUAAGGACCUGGGUGUCCCCAUCAUGCUCCUGGGCUGGCAGGCUCCAGAGCCUUUCAGCACCCAUGGCUGCACCAGAGACCAAUGGGGGAUCCUUGGGUUGGUUUGCACAUCAUCUGUAUAUCAUUUGCAUGCUCUCACCCCAUCCAUUCUCAGGGCACUAUCAGAAGCCCCAAGGUGACCUUGCCAAGUAGCAAUAAUUUGGGCCCAGAGUUGAGUUGCCUGCUGCCCCCAGAGACCU